UGAUGUCGGAAUCGCAGUCGAAUCAAUCUACUCCUACUAGACUGGCAAAGAGGUCUAGUCUUGCUUAUGCAUUACAGCCAUUUAAUACGGGUGACAUAAAGGUGUUGCUACUUGAAGGUGUAAACCAAACCGGUGUCAAGAUUCUCUCCAAUGCUGGGUAUCAGGUUGAGACUCAUGCUAAAGCACUUUCUGAAGAUAUUCUUAAAGAAAAGAUCAAGGAUGUUCAUGCCAUUGGAAUCAGGAGCAAGACGCAACUCACUGCCAGUGUUCUCAAAGAAGCUAAAAAACUAAUGGCUAUUGGGUGUUUUUGUAUUGGCACCAACCAGGUGGAUCUGGAAUAUGCUGCAUCGCACGGUAUUACUGUUUUCAACUCGCCUUUUAGUAAUAGUCGCAGUGUUGCUGAAAUGGCCAUUGCCGAGAUCAUUGCUCUUUCACGUCAACUGGGAGAUCGUAAUACUGAAUUGCAUAACGGCGUUUGGAACAAAACAUCCUUGGGUUGCAAGGAAAUCCGAGGAAAGGUGCUCGGUAUCGUUGGUUAUGGCCACAUUGGUAGCCAGUUAUCCGUAUUGGCAGACUCGUUAGGAAUGUCGAUUAUAUUCUAUGAUAUUCUUCAGAUUAUGCCUCUUGGUACUGCAAAGCCAGUUUCUACUUUAAAAGAGCUACUUAACACUGCUGAUUUUGUAACUCUUCAUGUCCCAGAGACUGAUGAAACGCGAAAUAUGAUUGGCGAGCAAGAGCUGAAUCAAAUGCGCAAGGGCACCUAUCUGAUUAAUGCAAGUCGUGGAACCGUAGUGGACAUCCCUGCUUUAAAAACUGCAUUGAUGUCGGGCCAUUUGGCUGGAGCAGCCGUGGAUGUGUAUCCGGUAGAACCAUUCACCAAUGGAAAGAAUUUCAGCUCGGAGCUGAUGGGUUGUCCAAAUACACUGCUUACUCCUCAUAUUGGAGGAUCAACUGAAGAAGCUCAGUUUUCUAUUGGAAGUGAAGUCGGCUCAGCUCUGGCGCGCUUUAUCAAUACUGGAUCUACUCUCGGAGCUGUGAAUUUUCCUGAAGUUGAUAUUCGUCUUUCUGCUGCUGGAUCUUCUACCAUCAGAGUGAUCAAUUGCCACCAUAACGUGCCUGGUGUCCUCAAGCAAAUCAAUCGGAUUCUUUCCGAAUUCAAUAUUGAGAAACAAAUUUGUGACUCCAAGGGAAAUAUUGCAUAUCUUAUUGCAGAUAUUAUAGUGGAUGGCCAGAAUGAUUUGAUCAAGAUCUACGAAAGUGUCAGCAGUAUUCCAGAGAGCAUUGCUACACGUCUGUUGCAUUAGUUCUAUUUAAAUAAAAGAUUGCCAAUCCAAAGCAUUUCCAUAUA